UUACUAAAGAAUUAAUGUUUUGUGCGUAUCUAAAUACUAAUAAAUCUUGGUUUUACUUAAAAUGACCCAUAAUUCUUAAUUAGUCUGCCUCGUCCUCAUGAUUUCAGAGAAGAAUUUCAAGGAGAAACCGUGGUCAUAAAAAGGAUGAUGACUUAAAACCAAGUGAUUUUUCAGAGCGUGGUCUUUUCUGCAAGUGUUUUUGCAAGAACAAAUGGUUGUAAAACAAAAAUUUGUGCAAUACAGCAAAAGUAUUCUAGUGCGCGCUGGUGCAUGCAAGUAUUCGUGAUGUCAUACGCACCGAUGAGCAUCAUGUUGGCGAUAAUCUGUUCGUUAACACUUGCUUAUGGCGGCCAGUGCUCAGGUUUUUACCUCGUGCAAAACUAUUCUAACCCUGACUACAUGCCAGCCGUUAACUCCAUAUCUCACAAUCCGACGUAUGUUUGGAGGUUUUCACCUCACCAUUACGAAGCUAAACACCCACUCGUCAGUAACGAUCGACGCUCAUCAAUUUCUGACGCGAUGAUAAUCUUUCGUCCUAACCUGAACCGAACAAAAAGAAGCCCACAAGCUCGAACGCGCUCUCAAGCAGCAAGAGAAAGAUCAAGAGCUUCUGUCCCGGUCAUCGGUCAUCAAGAAAGAAUGUCUACCUCAAUGUCUGUAACUCCUUCACAAGGCUCCCAGAUGUCCCUUUCAUGCAAGCACUAUUCAACAGCCAAAUCGAAUUCAACUAACAAUUGCCUUCCAGCUAAUGUUAAAACAUUCACUAACGAAACUUAUGAAAGCCGUAGUAUGAAUGUGACCCUCAACGUAUUUCCGUUGAACUUGAGCGCACAAAUACGGCUUCGUUUGGUCUUUUGUUGCGAUGAAAAAGACAUGCAUCAAGCAAGUAAUUUUAACACUGAUUUCUCACAAUUGGACAUCAUCAAAACUGAACUGUGGUAUGAGCUUAUUAUUCAAGUUCUAAAUAUUACAUCUACGAAUACGCGUGCAAGGAAGACAUGGGAGAUUUCCUUCUCAUCCGGGAAUGUGACUUUUAAAAUAAAAAGUAAUUACUCACUUGGGAAAUCAUUUAAACAGUGGAAUAUCAGCAUGAGCGGAUGCGACGUUCUGUGGUAUAUAGGACCGCCUGCAAUUUGUGACCACUACCCUUCGUCUGCUAACGUGAACGACGAGACGGCAGAACGUCACCAGACAACUGAGACAGAGAGAGGCAAAACGAAAGAUGAAACACAUGAAGCAAAAUACGCGGAUGCACCUGGGGACGACCAGACAAACCUCGCUGUCCCUGCUGACGCAGAACAACCCGCCUCUCCUGGAGCGUCUGGGCCGCAGCUGCUCUGGCUGCUGCUGCUGGCCGUCCCGGUGGUGGCCUGCAUUGCUGUGAUCAUAGCAAGGAUGAAAAGAAGAGAGAAGGAAACUGAGGCGAAAAUGUCGAAAGGAAUCCGAAAUGAGAACAUCAGUCCCAUUAACGAUGACAUUCGUGGUCAGACACACCGGACCCAAAUCACUCGCCAAAUGUCGGUCAACAGUCUGUAUGGUCAAAUAGCUCCCGACCAGAUCCCAAAUCGACUGAUUUUCAACAGCCAUUCUGGUGGGAAUAGUCAAACCCAAAUCACUCGCCAGAUGUCAGUCAACAGCCUCUAUGGUCAAGAAGUCCACCACCAAAUCGCGAAUCGAUCGACUAUCAACAGCCUUUUUGGCCCUGACGCCCCUCGUUAUGUUCGCUUUGACCAUCAGAAAAACUCGCGCCAAAAUUUGGCGAGUAACAUUACUGCCCCAAACAAGUGCAUCAACUCUGGCAGGAGUGGACCCGAGGACGAAGCUCAUAACGAAUUGUAUCUUCGGACGAAUGGGCCUGUGAACAGUAACAUAUAUGAGAACGACGGAGAAAUGUAGAUCCUAAUAUAAAAUAUACAUGAGAAGUUGUUAUAUACGUAUAUAGGUACAUCAGUCGAUAUCAAGUAGGAUGAGCCAAGCAUGAUAAACUGAACGUCACAACUAUUUCUUUUCUAAAUAGGUUUAAGCAGAAAUGAAAUUAUUUCAUACAAUCGUUCAAAUCCAAUUUUAUUUGUUAUUAAUUAGUGUAUAAAUUUUUUUAACAAUUGGACAACUAACAUAUCAAACCGAUGUUGUUCAGGAUAGAUAGACGAUACAUGAGACUCGAGAACACCGCAUUCCUGAAUCCCUUUAAUGAAUUUUAGACCAAAGUAUUAUAAAUUAAUGAAACAAGCAUUGGAGUUUUGUAGUAUCCGGUCGUGAACUAGAAAACUGCAGGAAAUAACCCACAACAUGGAUUGGGCUGAAGAAAACAUGUGCAACACAGGAAUGCCAGAUAGGCCUCUUUCCGGCAAAAUUGACAAUUUGGGCCUUUUUCAACAGCGUUGACCUGCAAAAACCAAUGAUGGCCUCAAGUUUAUUGAUUUUUCACUGUAUAA